CUCAUUUUAAGGUUAUUCGGCGCCGAGAACGCGGCUUGCUCGCAAGCAGUCAUUUCGUUCCCGAUAUAUUCCAGAGCUUGACAAGAUAAAUUAAAGCACAUCAGUCAUGAGAUUCUUGCAUGCAUUGCUGGGACUCUCAGUCCUUGCAUUCUUCGUCACCACAGCAGGCUCAGUGGUCUGCGAAAGUGGAUCGAAAUGGUAUGACGGCUGCAAUCUCUGCACGUGUGUCAACCGAAGCGCCGCCUGUUCUCACGUACAGUGUGCCCCAGGCAACCUGCGCGGCAAACCGUGGUGCGCGAACGGCAGUAAAUGGAUGCCCGACGGCUGCAACUGGUGCUCCUGCUACAAUAAGAUAGCAAGAUGCUCCAGGAAGCUAUGCCCGCUUGGUGGAUAAAGCUCAACCAAAUGAAAUUCGUGGGUGGAGGACCUUCAAUCCGUUGUUGACGAUUGCCAGACGCUACGACAUCGAUGGUUUUGCUCUGCUCAUGCCACCCAUUCACAGCGUCAAUGACAAUAUAGCCAACACUUUUCUAACUAUUGCUGGUGUUGUCAGCGAUGGUGUAUUUAUUUAUUAUCGGGAGUGCUUUAAUAUGUCAUAGGAGGUUAAAUCCUUUAAUAAAUUAUUUAACAAUUCUUUCUUCAGCUCAUAGCCGAGCUUGAUUACUAUAUAAUCCAUCACGUAAAUGUCAAUACACAUUCUUCAUACCCAAAGUCUUGGAAGCAAUUAAAAAAAGAAUACACAAUCAUAUGAAGAUUUCUGACUAAAAUGUUAUAAGAGCUUGCAUAACAGGUCCAUGACAUUUACUCUAGCAAUCAGGCAUUACCACGUAGGUGUGAUUUUUCUUUUAUGUAUC